UUCUACCAUUUCAUCAUGUAUACUGACAACACAAUAAUGGACCAAGAAACCAGAGAUGCAUAUGUCGAUGGUAAACCACCAGAAGACCAAAGCUACCACUUGGUCCGAAUCGCUCAAACGGCAUUUAACAGACGAGAAAAUGCCAAAGUUAUCCAGGUCGUGUCCGACGUGAUAUCAUCCGACAAAGCCAGCAACAACAAUCCCACGCGAACCGCACUAUUACAAACUCACAACCAUGCCACUUUGCUUAAACUACGUGCCCUGGCAUACGGAAGGACGGCCAAGUUUGAUGUAGCUCAUGCAGAUGCAAAAACCAUCAUCAACAUGCCGAGCGAACAAGCUCCUGGAUACGUUUGCUCGGCCCAGCUUUACUCAAUGCAAGGUCACCAGAAAAAAGUGACUGAAGCAUGCAAGCAAGGAAUCAAAGCCUUACAGUGUCAUCACAAUCGUCGAAACGAAAAAAGCAUUGCAGAAAUGCUUGAGGAGCUUCUAAAAGACGCCAAACAACGCCUGCAAAUUCGCAUUGACUUUGUUGUCCGCCUUCCUCCAGAGAUACUGGCAUGUGUUUUCAUCGAUUUCGGUAGACGUAAUCUGGCCAUGGCAACACUUGUUUCACCAACAUGGCACGAUCGAAUUACUCAAUGCGGACUAUUAUGGCGAUGUUUGUUGUUAAUGCUGCAGGGCGGCGACGAGCAGGAACUGUUGUGGCUUGCUGCACCUCGUUUUGGAUGUCAUGUACGCGAACUAUACUAUAACGACGUUAUUUCAAUAGCAAACAAUAAAAGCAGCAGCAACAAUAAUUUAGUGGUGCCACAGCUACAAGCGCAACAUAUCCCUGUGGAUCAAGAAGUAGACUCCUACAUUGCUUAUAAAGGCUACCAUAAUGGAUUCGAUACAAGUCUCUUGAAAUACCGUCUCGGCUAUGCCACUUUAUCUUUCGAACGCGUCCUUGCCACCUUUCCAAACUUAACACGCAUGAAGUUCAAUGGCUCACAAGACAAAGAUCCCAACUUGUAUAUAAGCUACAGCGAGAACUUGCUGCCAACAAUGACGAUACAUCAUCAGCAGUUCUACCAUCACCAUCUUACAAAUUUGGAGAUACAAAUACACAAUGGCGUCAGCACCGUACAAGUUGAUACAAUAUUGCGCUGUUGUCCUGCUAUUAUUCGACUUGCAAUAGCGACUUGCGGUUGGGAUGCUCUGGCAGUCAUCCAACAAUAUCCGCGAGUCCGGGUGGUCGUGCUAAACAACGAAUUUGUCCAUUGGAAAACGUUACAUUUUCAACGUAUGUCAACUUGUUCACCACCAUCGACGCAUGGUGGUACCACAGCGACUACUAAUGAUAGUACUACUACUGGCCUCCGGUCACUCGUUUUGCAAGCUCUGACUCGAGACAAUUUUACAUGCUAUGACGUCGCUCCAUUGAUCACUGCCAGCGCACAUACUCUUGAAGAGCUGAUAAUCGCAACUGCACGUCGAGACCAGAAGCAUCUAUACAACGUCAUCAGCAAAACGGUACGGUGGAAGCAUAUCUUUACUACAGCACGUUUUGACAACUUGCGACGACUCUUUUGCGUGGUUCCUCAAAAGUACGAAUCGGAAUUUGCUUCCAUGCUCCGCCAAUGUCCUCUUCUAGUCGACUGUACGAUCAUACAUCCUAAAACAAUUCCGGGUAUCAUCCUUGACGCGUUAGCUGCAGUUCCAGAUCUUCGAAGACUUGGCUUAACAUUUGGUUUUGGAGGAGGCGUUGAUAUUCCAGCAUUCCAAAGACUACUCCAGGGGAAAAAAGUUGAUAAUGACAGCGACCAACCGCAAAUGUUGGAAAACAAGAAAAGGCAAGGCCUUCAACAUUUGUGCUUUAGAAGCUGUCCAGAAAUCUUGGACGAGAUCCUUGACGUUGUAGCUACACCAUCAACAACACUACGGGGUGUCGAAUUUAGUUUGAACGUGGAUCUCUUGUCAUGGCACACUAUGAAAUGCUUUCUCAAGCGAAUGGAUGAGCUUGUUUCUGUCGAAUGGAUCAUUUUUAACUGCGUAGAAUGUUACGAGUACGGAAACGCCAGCCCCAACAACAACAACAACAAUAACCGCGAUGAACCAGAAGGAACGAUUUGGAUGCUGCAGCCAAAAGAUGACAAGAUCAGAGAAUUGAAGCUUCGUAGACUGGAGGAGGCCGUGGAUAUAUGUGGCAUUCCCUAUUGUCCAGUUGUCGCCCUCGUCGAUUUGAGCAAAUGGCCGAAUUUUGCAGAUGAAGCAGUAAUGGACAAAGUGGAUGAUUGGCCAGAUGCGUGCCCAGGACGAGCCAUUUACACUGACAUUGAGAAUAUCUUGGACCUGUAAAAGAAGGCUUUUUGCUUUUACAACUACAGUGUUCCAUCAAUCAAUAUUGGAGAGGGUCAUUAGAUGUAUAUCUACUUACUGCUACUGAUUACUUGAUUCGAAAAGAGUUACAUGACGACCGUCCGAUGUCAAUGCGAAAAGAGAUGUAGUGACUCGCUUAGCAGGCCACCACCGCCCAUCCGAUUAUUGUAAACGAAAUAUGUACCGUCAUGAAAUGCAGGCAUUGUAUACCAAAUCUAGCAAUAAAACUGCCAAU